UUGCCAUAUAUUGAAUUAUCUGCAUGCAGAACACGAUGCGAGUUAUAAAGCAUGUGUGUACGCCUUGCGUCUUUUUAAUUAAUAUUAAACAUUAUUCCUGUGUAUUUCAAAGGGUACAUUGAUCAUUUUACCUAGUUGAGAUCAUUUGCGUUGGUCCACAAUAAUUUGAUGAAGUUUGUGUUGCUUCUGUGUAAGUUCUAAAACGAUUUUGAUAUCUUUCAGCAAAUUUAAUUCGAACAAAACACCGUUGCUGAUCGGAGAUAAAUGUUGGUUUUAAAUUAUUUUUUUUUUAUUUUGUUCUUUUACCCUAUAACAGAAUUCUUUAGAAUGUUCAAAAUAUCAUGAUUUCUGAAAACGUUAUUUUAUAAAAACAAAAUAGUGAUAAACUGAAAAGAAUCAACAGUGUCUUAUUGUUGUAUUUCAUGUGUAUAAAAAUGGCAUCGGGAUAUUGACAAACAUACGUUUAUGGCCGAUUAACUGUUAAACAGAAUGUUAAAGGAUAUCAAUAACAGAAGUCAAAUUGUUAUAUCUGGUUUAUAUUCAAAUAAAUAAAUAACUUCUUCUUGAUUCAUUGAAAAGUUCAAGCACAUUUAUGCACGUUUUUGCCCUUCAGUAGGUUUAUAUAAGAGAAGAUUGUUUACAGAAAACUUUUCUACAUAUCUUGUCUGAAUCUGAAGAAAACAUAACCAAUGUUGCAAAAUUACGAAAAAUAAAAACAAAUUACCUCAAUUUUAUAGAAGCCUGUCAAUGGAUGUAUCGUAAAAGAUUCAAACUCGAUAUUACUGUAUAAAAAAAAAAUUAUCCAAAGUUUAGGAUGACACUUAGAGAAGAGUUACUAGACUAAACAUUGCUGAAUGUCUCAUGCCUCAGACUUUUACUCUAAAGAACUCUACUAUAUGUACACGUACGAAAAUUCAUCCAAACUGAUUUGAUAAAAAGAAAAGAGAAAGGGAAAAAUGAUGGUUUCAAGCUGCAUGUAUGGUAGAGGUUCUAAACAGUUCCCUUGCCAACUUUCUUUUGAACGGUGGCCGUGCUAGCAGAUUCCUUUCGACAAGAAAAGUUAUUGAUCAAUCUACUAGAUAAAGCAACCUUUCCUCAGCCCUACGCUGAAGGAAACUGUCUCGUUGUAAUUUGUCGACGCGUUUAUAGAUAUGAUUUUUUUUCAACUACACACGUAAAUCAAGCAGUAGAUGGUAUGGAGCUUUAAAAAAAAAAUCACUAUGAUAUUUAAUGAUUUAUAAAAUGCAAGCGUUUGCAAAAACUUUGUGGAAGACACGAAAAUUCUCAAUUAAAGAAUUCGGUUUUCCUACAUAUAUAAUAUUUUUGCAUCUCUGAUAUAAAUCAUGUAGGGAAUCAGUUAUACAUAAAACAGUUGUUAUGCGUUCUGAGGGUCCCCUGCACUAAAAUACUGUCGGUGCUAGAAAUUGCAUAAUUCAGACUGGGUUACAAAUAUGCAGCGCAUUCAACCCAUUGCGUAAUAUAAAUUGCAUUCCAUGGACCAAAGAAUGGAUGCAGAAUUUGGCUGGUGUUAAUGAGGACAGGCAUGCGCACUAAUGAUCACCAGUAGCCGAAACUGCCAUUUCGAAAUCAUAACCUAAGAAUUGAAUCCUUAAUUGAGUUGUGAUGGCAAACAGAAGUAUAUGUUGCAUUUUCAAAACAACCAUUGAUAACGUGUUGUUGACCAGCCUGUAAUAUUCGUGGAGGGAGGGGGUCUCUGUAAGCCUUGAUUUGGUAACAUUGCACCCAAUCACGAACACAUUGAAAUUAAUGAUGUGAAUGGUGGAAAUAAUGUAAAUGCGAGCUAUAUUUUCAACAGCCUGACAAUGAGGAUAGAAAUAUUAAUGUCGUGGUUUAUCUGAUCCCAUUGCUACGAAGCAGUACACCCAGUGUCUGAAAAGGCUUUUAUGUAAAAAUGUGAAGAGAAAAAAAACAUAAAGGAAACACCUGGUGAGGUAGAGAGCAUGGGACGAGCUGCCCCGGUUUGAGUAUUUUAUUGAUGAGACUUUUUAAAUCGAGCAAAUUAAUAUCGGUAUACCGUUAAAUCCGAUCUAUAUCGAAGCUUUUGCCAAAUUAACCUGCUGCAUGAUAUAUGCCCAAUCCAAUGGUUUCGUUGAAUAUCGAAUCUGAUAGGCAUUGAUAUAAACGCAUAAUAUACAUAGACAAACAUGUUCUAUUAAUGCAUGUGUGUGAAUCAUUGCAUUGUCAGUGCACACAUACAGGACUUAGUAGGAAACCGAACAUCAACGAUUUGUUUGGUUUAUGAGAGUACCCCUGGCUUUUAAAUUGUAAAAAGCAAAAGUUUGCAUGGUUUAAUUCGACUUGGCUCAAUUUUUAAAUAGCUAUUCUUUCAAGUUUUGAUUUUGGGGGAUAGUUUAUUUUGCAUUGGUGUACAUAUUCAUUAUAUAGUGAUAUCAAUGUGCUAUUUUUAUAAUUCGUGGAAUUGACAACGUAUUCGCUGUCGGGUAAGUCCCUGCAUAGCGAUUGAGACACACUGUCAACAGAAUGAGCAGAGUUUGUCAUGAAGACAUCCCUUCGAAGGUCCGUCUCCUGUAAUUAUCGUUACGACCCUGUUGCUGCGUCAGAUACGGACGAUUCUGUGAUCGACGACAGACAAGAGCCUACCCCCCAAAAGAGACCUAGAACACAAAGAGCGGUGUCUGACCCCGGAGUCAACAACCCAGAGACUAACGACAGUCCCCCCACAACUCCAAUGGCUGAAAAUUACGAACUACAACCUAAUGGCCAGGAAGACCCACAAGUACAUAUCCAUACACAUACUGAGGCAGACAUGCUAAAUAUCGGAAACUCAACAGAUAACGACAACAUCAGACACUCUGUUCCUCCCAAUGCUUCGGUAAAUAGGAGAAAUCUGGCUAUCGCUGCAUUCCUCUUCAUAGUCUCGUUGGUCCUCCAUUUCUAUACGCUGAGCAUUUUCUUUACGAAAAACCAGGACAGUACUGAUAACACUCAGUCGAAAACAAGCAUACAAGAUUCGUUCCAGGGUGGGGAACAUGACAUUGGGCAAGUUGAAUGUCUCCGUGCCAUUAAGUACACAGAUUACGUAAAAGAGGUCGAUGACACAACUAGAAAUUGCACGAAAAUGAAUAACGAUGCAGAUAAGUCGGGAAUAGGAGAUAUACAAAGUUUAGGCUCAAAGCGCUAUUCAACGGAGUGUUUCUGUGCAAAACAGAUACCCCUACAGGACAAAUGGAAACUGAAAGAAGUAAAAUGUUCUGGUUGCAGUGAUCAUUUUCCGAUAUGUCAAAAUGGCGGAUACCGUUCUGAAUUUUCUGGGUUAGAUUUAUCGGAACGGUUAUGUGGAGCCUGUAAUUGCACUAAAGCCAUAGAAUACACUGGUAACUACUGUCACCUUCCUAAGAAAUUGGAGUGCGUUAAAUGUAAUGGAACGUUUUGCGAUGAUUUGCCACCAUGUAACAACUCUACUGAACGCCCUUGCAGGGAAUCUUUUGGCUCACAGAUGAUGAACUGUACUAAUCCAGUUAAUUUGGAAGUCAAAGAUUGUACGCCACAAAGUGAUACAACAGAUUCAAAAGAUUAUCAGCCCAAACCUACAAAAACAAGUUUUAUGUUAAACAAGACAAACCACGCCCAAAAGUCGACAGACCACGCCCAAAAGUCGACAGACCACACCCAAAAAUCGUGCUCACGAAACGCUGCGUAUGGCUACUUUGUGUUGGACUGGAUUGUUUUUAUUGGGAUUAUUAUGCAGUUCACUUUCGUAUUUAACGGACACAGGUGCAAAAAUUGCAUAAAAAUUCAACAAUGGAAAUCCGUGUACAAAGGAUACAUUUUUUCCGUUCUGAUGCUGAUUAUAAUUCCACCAAUCAUCAAUUGCGUGACAUGUUGUUCCAAAACAUGUGACACUUUAGGAAAACUUUUUCCAUUCAUAAAAAGUUUAUCCCUUGUGUUAACAGUGAUUCUUCUUUACUGUGGAAUUCGGAGUAAAGGCUUUAGGGCGCGAUGAUUUCAAAAUGUGAACAAACAAUAUGGAACACUCAAAUGCCAAAAGACCACAUCUGCUUUUAAAAUUUAAGAGGCUUCUGAUUUUCAUUAUCGAUAUGGUCUUGUCUGUCAUUUAUUAAUGAUGAUUUUCAAAAAUUAGUUUUUCGAAAACUAAAGCAGUGUCCAACAAAAUGGAAAACAAGCCUUAAUCACAGCUGGUGUCGGUGAUAUAGACCGAUGAAAGCUUUAACUGGCACUUGCUUGGUAACUGUCGAUCUUUCUUGGGUUGGUUAAAACACGUUUAGGCGACGUGACAACGAACUACCUAUUCUUACAGUGGAAAGCAUGCAAAGAAAGAACCGACAAUGGAUAACGUUGAAAAAAAUAUACACGUCUAUAUGGUUGCCUAAAUCAUAUCACCGUAUGUAUAUAAACUUAAUGUGCGUACAAUCUUACAAGUGUACUAAUGAUUUUAAAUAUUUUUCAUCCCAUGUGUCAACAAACACCCACGUGUAAAAAAUCAAAACUUUACAAUGUAUAAUAGUAUAUGUAAAAUCGUGUCAUCCUUAUUGAAUUUUAUUUUUGAAAUGCCAGUGUACAUAGAAUUAAGUCUUUCAAUUACAGUGUACAUUGUUUGUGUGUAUAAACUUAUCACAUUACAGUAUUCAUGUGUGUAUUUUAAUCAAUCAAAAUAUUUUCUUAGGCUUGUAAACAAGUGCAAUUUUUCUUUUUAUAUUCAAGAUUAUCUUAAACAUUUCUUGAAAAUUUUACAGUAUAUACUGGAUGUUCUUACUCCUCCCCAUAAAUCGAAAUUGUUAUUCAGAGUGGACUGUACAUAUAUAUAAAGAAGAUGGGGGGAUAAGAUUGCGAAAAUGCCUAUUCGGUUUAGUCGUAAAAUGCAAUUUAAAAUUUAAUUUUUUCAUAUUAAAUCUGUUUGAUAUACUUUUAAUACAAUUUUGCAAAAGCACAAUUUCUAACUAUAUUUUAACAAACGAUAUAAAAAAAUAUUGCAUGCCUUAAAUCCUGGUGGUAUCGAACCCACAACAUUAGCAUCCUAGUUAUAUAAGGUUAAUUAAUGCCUGGUGCUUUAACCACUGAUCCAUUUCAGUCUCAAGAAAUUCCAAUGUUUAAAUGUUAUAUAUGACUUUGGUUACGAAUUUACGAAGGUAUUAUUCUUCUAAAAUGUUCAAUUUUUGGGAUACAAAAUGAUAUUUUUAAUAUAUAGUGGGACAUCUCUGCACGUUUUUGUUGAUUGAAAUCGCUUUGUCUUCCAUUAGACCUUAUUUAGACUAUGACAAAAAUAUGGAGCACAGACUCACUCUAUAAAAGAAUCAAUUUAGAGGAAUUAAUACGCUUAUUACAGUUUAAGUCAACAUAUUCCAAACAUUAAACUUUUUUAAGGGUUACAAAUCGAUGAUUUGUUCAAUAUAUAUUGUUUUGAAUGAUUGUUUUAAAAAAUGAUCAUAUUUGUUGAUAUUUUAGUUUUCAGUGUCUUAUCCGUCCUUAGAUAGGCAUUUUACACGCCUUAUCCACCCAUCUUCUUUACCAAGAUUUUUUACAAAAUAUGAAUCAUACAUUAUUUUGAUGUUUUGUUAUAGAAUAUAUUAUUACAUAUGUUAAUCGAAUUUUGUUAACAUUUUUUUUAUCUCUUUGGUAAAAAUAUUUUGUUUUCAUCAAAUUAAUAAAAACAAAUUAAU